CGUGUUGUCCCGACUAACAGGAAGUUGAUGACGGUAUUGUUUGAGUAAAGUUCUGUCUUAGCGUAUGGGAGGGCUGUUUGCUCUCCUUCCCUGCUCUGAAGCUCAAACUACGGCGUGAUGGUGUUAAUAUUUGUUCGCAGCACAUGUGUGGAUUUAAAGACACUCCUCCUGAGUAGAUACUGAGUGUGUGUUUUUGAGAGCUAGCAUGAGUGCUAACCCGACACGAGCUGCGUUUGUUUACAAUGAAUCAGCUGAUUAGGGUUAGAGGUCCUCAGAAGCCCGCGUGAUAUUUCAGCACGAGCUGCUCGUCUUUUAAGAGAUUUGAGACAGAUCUGUAGCUGAAUGUGAGGAGGAGGAGGAGGAAGAAGAGAAGGAGAAAGAAGAAGAAGAAGAAGAGGAGGAGAUCUGAGCAGGAGAAGAUGCCGUGCACUUGUGGGAACUGGAGGAGGUGGAUCAGACCUCUGGUGGUGCUCCUCUACAUCCUGCUCUUGCUGGUGGUUCUUCCUCUGUGCAUAUGGGAGCUGCAGAAAUCAGAGGUUGGAACUCACAACAAAGCCUGGUUCAUUGCAGGCAUUUUUGUCUUCAUGACAAUCCCCAUAUCACUUUGGGGGAUACUUCAACAUCUAGUACACUACACCCAGCCCGAGCUGCAGAAACCCAUAAUCAGGAUAUUGUGGAUGGUUCCAAUUUAUAGCUUGGAUAGCUGGAUUGCACUGAAGUACCCGGGCAUCGCUAUCUACGUGGACACGUGCAGAGAGUGCUACGAAGCCUACGUCAUUUACAACUUUAUGAUCUUCCUGAUGAACUACCUGGAGAAGCAGUAUCCCAACCUGGUGCAGAUUCUGGAGAUGCAGGAACAGCAGGAACACCUGCCGCCGCUCUGCUGCUGCCCGCCCUGGCCCAUGGGAGAGGUGAUGUUGCUGAGAUGUAAGCUGGGUGUUCUGCAGUACACUGUAGUGAGACCCGUCACCACAGUCGUCGCAUUGAUCUGUCAGCUUUGCGGGGUUUACGAUGAAGGCAACUUCAGCUCCAAAAAUGCCUGGACCUAUUUAGUGAUCAUGAACAAUCUCUCCCAGCUCUUUGCCAUGUACUGCCUGGUGCUGUUCUACAGAACGUUACGAGAGGAACUCGGCCCUAUCAAACCUGUGGGCAAAUUCCUGUGUGUCAAACUCGUCGUGUUCGUGUCCUUCUGGCAGGCGGUGCUCAUCGCGUUGCUUGUGAAGGUUGGAGUGAUUUCAGACUCUCACACCUGGGACUGGGACAGCGUGGAGGCCGUGGCCACUGGACUGCAGGAUUUUAUCAUCUGUGUGGAGAUGUUUUUGGCAGCCAUUGCUCAUCACUUCAGCUUCACCUACAAGCCAUACAUUCAGGAAGCAGAGGAAGGCUCUUGCUUCGACUCCUUUUUGGCCAUGUGGGACAUGUCAGACAUUCGGGCCGACUUCUCCGAGCAAGUGCGCAAUGUCGGCCGAACGGUUAUGGGCCGCCCCAGGAAGAGUUACUUUUCCCGUGAUGCGGAGCACGACGAACACAGAGGCCUUCUGUCCUCCGGCUCUCAGGACGCCGCCGUCGCCGAGGCUUCCUCCACUCCUCCAUCUCCGUCAGGCCACUACCAGGGUCUGGGACACACCCGACCCCCUCACUCUCGCUCGGCCCCCGCCGAACUCUGCUCCACACCCUGGGAGGGAGACGUAGACGACCUGGACGACAUCACUCCCACCGUGCUGUCCGGGGACCCUAAAAACCAGGCGCACACACACUAUGCUAAAAUCACUUAACACACGCAAACACUGUUCACGUUAUUCCCAAUAACUAAUUCACUGGGAACAGCAGGUUAAAAAGGCACACAGGGAUUUUAGUCCGGUUUUUAUUCAUUUUAAGAAAAUCUAAUCUAAUUUCUUUUUUUUUUUCUAGUGACUAAACACAUCUUGUCAAAAAAACGUCCGUUCUUUUAAGAGAGCUAAAUUGUUUUUUUUUUUUGGAAAUUGUGAAACAAUUUAUUAACACUAUUUAUCGGUUCCUUCCUCUGCAGAAAUGCAUGUUUAAUAUUUUAAUCCGUCACCCUGUGUCCUUGUGGCAUUAGUCAUAAGAUCACAGUUAAUCUGUUAACUGAAAGUCUUGACAUAGUCAAUGUUUGCUGGUUACACACACACACACACACACACACACACACACACACACACACACACACACACACACACACUGUGCCAAAGUGCUCUGUUGGUUGUUUUUUUUUUUCAAGCCUGAGAAAAAGCUGAACAAUGUGCAAAUCACAUUUAUGAAGAAAUGCACAAUAUACUCAAAAUGCAUGAAGCUUUUUUUCCCCACUCAGCCACUGAGCAAACGUGUGGCAUCAUUUCCUGUUACGCUGUUACGGAUAUUAUAUCUAUAUUCUUUCCAUUUUUAUGGUGGAUUUAUUUAUUUAUUUUUAUUUUAAUGAAUCAAUUUACACCUGAAAUAUUCAUACAGCUAUAAACUAAGAAAAGGUACUUAAAAUGUUCUUUUUACCCCAAAUUUAUCUGAUUAGCCAAGACUUAUCUUUGCUAAUAGCCUGAUGUAGCUAACUACUAAGCAGAGCUGCCAAUAUUUACAGUGUAGCUGUAGCAUUUACAGAUUUUGUCCCUGUACUAAAGCAAUAUGGGAGACACUUUUGAACAGCAGUUCACUGAAGGGGAAAGGACGUAUGGAUGUGAAAGUUGCACAUUAGCUUCGGCUAGUGAUUAAUUUCAUUCCACACUGACUUUCAGCCAAUAGAAAACAAGAAGGCGGGACUGUAGACAUUCUGGUUCAAUACAAAAUGGAGGAGAGGGUUAUUUUCAGAUGUGGGACAAACAAGUAGUCAUACCCUAGGGGUUUCUGUGGUAAAAUUCAGGGGGGGGGGGGUUUGUCUGCUUCCUCGAAUUUUGCCUCUGAGUGAAGAAAGCAUUCGGCCUCCAGAUCAACACUCGAAUCAAACCAAGUCGAAUCACUUAGUAGUCGGGUAUGAAAGUGAGUGCCAGGCUCCGGUAGGAGGUGUGGCCUACAGCUUAAAGGUGGAGUUAAGGGUCAUGUGAUUUGGACGUUAGUAAACCUUACACGUUUAAAUAAAUACAGAACUGUUCAGUAAUACAGAACUGUUCUGCUACUCAAUGAAACAGUUCUCGUACAAAUGUUAUUACCGAAUCAACGAUGGUUUGAGGCGAGAUUGAUUAUAUGGAGGCUGUAGACUUCCUUUACUUGUUAGCUUUGUAGCACUGGUACAAAUUAAAUAUGCAAAUUCUGGACAGGAAACAUGUCUUGGCUGAUGGAUGACUUUCGGGGUAAAAAUGGAGGCAUUAAAAGAGCACAUGAGCUUUAAUACAGAAAAAAGUUGAGAUGAAAUGAAGUGGACUGGAUUUUUUUUUGUUUUGUUUAACAAAACAAAAAUAAUGAGAUUAUGUAAAAUUAUAUAAAUACAUAUAUGUGCAUUAAAAAGAACUGAAUUUACAUCCAAA